GGCAGUGUACCGUUAUACGGAAUCGAAGAUGGAGGACGAGUUGGAAGACCGAGUGCUAUAUCAGACGUAUAUAUCCCACAUGAAAUUAAUUUCAAGAUUUGCAGUGGGUGUGCCACUCAAUUCUGCCCCAGUUACUUACUUGUGGCGGCUUUUAAGAAUUUAUAUACUAAAGCCAGAAGUGCUUAUAAUAAGCGCCAUGCUGUUUAUUAUUUUAGUUUAUCUUCAAGCAGUUGAUGCUUGGAGUCAUACUUUGCUGGGCAGAUUAACAUAUACAAUUGGUCGUUCCACUUCUAAGGUUCAACGUCUACAGUAUUUUGUGAAUGGGUCAGUAACAAUUGGGGAGAAACUCAGUUGGGAACUGAAGGAAGGAAUUGUUGCUGCGUAUGCCGUUCAAGGACGACGACCUCGCAUGGAAGAUCGCUUUGUUGUAAAUGAAGAUAUCAAUAAAACUGGUGUAUCAUUGUUUGCUGUGUUUGAUGGUCAUGGCGGAGAGUUUGCAGCAAACUAUGCCCGCGAUAACCUUAUAAAAAAUCUUAAUAACAAGGUUGUUGAAUUGAAGAAUCUUAUUGCUGCUGGAAACAAACGAAAACCAGACCAUCUGCCCACUUCUGGGGACAGCGCGAAAAAAGAUGGAGAGAAAAAACCUGGUGCGCCUCCUGUUGAAAAGAAAAACAGUUUCAGGAAAACAAUGAGCACAUCACAAACAGACGAAUGUAUGAGGAAAGGCGGAAGCAUAACAGAUCCUGAACUACUGAGUCGAUUGGAUACACUAACUCGACCUAUCACAAGAGAGGUUCGCCCUUCGAGACAAGACGGCGUGCCACGACCUGCUGUUCCCACUGCUAGUUACCUAGAAGCCAAUGGAAAUAUAAAUUACAGACAACUUCUCACAGAUGAAGUCCUUGCAGCUGACCAUCUUUUGGUACAGGCAGCUAAGAAAAGCAUGGAUGUUGCAGGUACCACCGCACUGAUUGCUCUUCUUGAAGGAUCGCGGUUGGUCGUUGCUAAUGUCGGUGAUUCACGAGGUGUAAUGUGUGAUAGCAAGGGUAACGCUAUUCCUCUCUCCUUUGAUCACAAACCGCAACAGAUGCGGGAGAGGAAACGCAUUAAAGAAGCCGGCGGUUUCAUCACGUUCAAUGGGGUGUGGCGUGUGGCUGGAAUCCUGGCAACUUCACGGGCUCUUGGAGAUUACCCGCUUAAAGAUAAGAAGCUCGUGAUUGCCGAUCCUGAUAUCCUAACCUUCGACCUAGCAGACCAUAAGCCAAUGUUUCUCAUUUUGGCUUCGGAUGGCCUCUGGGAUACUUUCUCAAAUGAGGAGGCUGUGGCGUUCAUUAAGGAGAGAUUAAAUGAACCUCAUUAUGGAGCAAAGAGUAUAACCUUGCAGUCCUAUUACAGAGGCUCCUUAGACAAUAUUACUGUAGUAGUGAUAAACUUCGCGGAUAAAAAAUUGAGUUACGGAACUCUUAAGAAAACUAGGUGAAGAAAUACGUUGUAUGCUUAAAAAAUAAAUUUUAAAUCACUUUCAAUUUAAAUCAGGUCUUUCUUCAUCAGUUAGGUGAAUUUUUUGUGAUAUUCUUAUUUAUAUGGCACAACAAAAAUAAAAUGUAACCUUUAAAAGAAUGAUAAAAGUUUGAAAGUAAGUUUAUUUUAUAACUUCGGUGAACCAAUAAAAUUUAGUGGUCACAUUUCAGUGUUAAGUCCAUGUAGGAGGUAUAAUUCCUACAGCAGUAAUACUGCGUUCGGAUAGAUAAAUCUUGGGAAAGAACUUUUAAUCCUUGUUUUUAAUCUGCCGUAUCGAAAUGAGGGGAGAAGUAAAAUCCCGGUGUUUCCGAAGUCCAGUAAAGAAAAUAUUUUCUGUUAAAUGUCUUUCCUUCUUAUAUGGACAAACAUUUGUGAAAAAUGUUCUGUGCUCUUUAUCUGUGUUAAAUUUUUAUAUUUUCUUUUACUUUAUAAAAUUAUGUUUGCUUCUGUCGUGAUUAGUAUGAUGAGAUUUUGCAAUGGGUCACACAUAAAAGAUUGUACAGCUGCAAUUAUAAUUUAAAUGCAGUAAUUCUUAAUUCUUGGAAUUCAGUUUUUAAAACGUAAAUGUUUUUUGCUUCACGAUGAUCCUUCUCUCCAGAGUUUCCCCCGAUGCUAAUUUUUAUAAGCCUUCUUAACACAGCUGUUCAACGCUUGUCAUGUCGUGGUUACUUUAGCUGUUGGGAGCAUCUCUUAAAAUCUGUCCUUGGACAAUAUGCCAACACAGAAGUUUUCAUGAUUUACCAUAGUUCCUAUUUUUUUCCAUACACUAACCCUUUGAAGCCGAAGCUCGUCUUCAUAAUAUUUACGAAUUCAGACCGUACCGCGAAGAAAACACUUCACUUAACCAUUAGAAGUCGAAUCAGGCGGUACCACAUAAGAUUUAACAAAAGAACAUCCCGGUCAAAGCCUUAAAGAUAGCACGAUUUCUUAACCUAUAAACAUAUUUUUUUCAGUUUCCUUAAAACCAGUUCAAAGAUUUUAAGAUUAAUUUAUCAAGAUUUUCACAAAACAUAUUUAUAAGUAUCUGUUGUCCAACAAACAAUUUCAGCCUGGUCUUUCGCAUUCAUUAAUGAAUGAGAUAUUUUGCUCAGAAAUGUGAGAUACUUCAAUGCUUAAUUGUACAUCACAUUAUUUUGUCAUUGGAUACCGUGCACAUUUAGUAGAAGAAGAAUUUUUUUGCUAAAUUAAACUAUGGAAAGAAUUAAAGUAGCUAAAAUGAACAAAUUAAUAAUUUUCAAAGUAUUAUGUUCAAAAAUCAUUUUCUGUUCUCAUGUGUAGGGAUGAAAUGUUGCGUCAAUUUAUGCAUUCUGACAAUCAGGUUGAAUAUGGAAUAACAAACAGCCGACUAAUAUGUUCACUGACAGUGAAAAGGGUAAAAUGAAACUGUGAAUGUUAAAUUCUGUUAUAAAGCUCUUCAUCCAAUACUUUUUAAAGAGAUAUUCACUUCCAGGUAUCACACACAGAGACUGAAUUAAUUGGUCAGUAUUAUUAUAAACCUAGGACAUGCUAUUUUACGAGAUACAGAUAUUACAUUUUCAGUCUUUUGUAAGCAAAUUCACCUUUCGUAAAGUGAACCAGAAUCGUAACUCAGUACAGUAGGAAUAGGAAUGUGAAAUUUCUCUCAUCGCCGCUAUGUCCAAGACAGUUCUAGGUGCAGAACCAUACAGCUUUACCCUGAUAAUCAUGUAUGCCUUCAUGGCGUCAUGAUUAUACUCGUACCUUUAACGUGCUGUAAGCUGUCACAAUGCUUGGCACAUUCAUAUCAGAUUAUGUACCUGGUAUACAAUUUCCUAAAAAUCAUAAAAUUAAUUUUUUGUGAUUUAAAAAAGAUCUGAUUUAAAUGCUUGAUUUAACCAACUGAAUUGAAUAUUAAUUAAUGUUACAGGACCUGUAUAGAUAUGUGUGGUGUUUCUUGUUUGCUCAGAAUAGCCUGCCACAAUUUUUUUAUAUAAAUUGAGAAUGCUUUCAUAAGUCCUACACCUCAAGCACAAAGUUAUGAGAAUAUUCUCCGAUUAAAUGUACAUACAUAAAUAUAAUUACAGACUCUAGAAAUGGGGUGUCUAAAAGUAUUUAUUUUGUGACAGAAGCCAAUUUACACUGUUGUAAUCGAUUAAUGUGACUUUAAAAAAAUGUAUUUUCAGUCUUUAAAUGUAAAAUCUUAUUACAACCUGUGAUAUAGUCUUUAUCACCACGUGAAAUUACUGAAAAUGUUUUGCUAACGAAAUAUAAGUUUGUAAUUGCAUCUCAUCUAUAACUGCAUUUAAGAAAUCUCAUGUUCGACUCACUGAAAUUCAGUAUUUGUCUUCGUUUGCCCUAAACACUUCCAUAUUUUAUAAAUUGUUUGAUUUAGAUGAAACCCGCCCUCGUAUUUAUGCCGUGAAGAAACUUUUGAUUUGUUUGGGGUAGUGUUAAUCUUGUUUUUGUGCCCUCGUAAAAAGUAUGUACUUGUUAUGCCAACCUUUCCAGCUAAUUCUCAACAUAACUAACUAGGACAGGUUUCUUAUUUGUGGAUUUUAACCACAUAAUCAAGUGAUAUUUCACUGCAAGACUGAUGUUAAUGGAUCAACUCUGGGUGAUUAAAACUAGCAAUUUCACUGCACCAAUUUAGUUGUGGAUGGUUGUGCCAAAAAUGUCAACAUUGUCUAAUAUCGCUUUACUCGUACCAAAGAUUUGCUCAUUGAUUCAGUAUUUUACUGCAUAUUAUCUUGACUUUCCCUCUUAAUUGGAGACAAAUGUGUGUAAGCAGUGUUAAAAGUCUCCUGUGAUUUGAUUUGGGAAUGUUUUAAAGACUUGUGUGUGUAUAAACUUGUUUUUGUGUGGUAAUAAAUUGUAUGUGAAUGUUAUGUUAUUUUAA